AUGGGUUCCGAAGUGACGGAGCUCCACGAAGAUGCGUGCUACGUGGCUCUCACACAUGAUCAUCUCAACCCUCAAACCAUCAUGGACCGUGUGCGAAGCCCACAAGCUGGAGCCAUCGUCAUGUUCGCUGGCACCACUCGGGACAACUUUGCAGGCAAACCUGUGAAGGAGCUUCAGUAUUCCGCAUACAAUGCGCUGGCACUGCGCACCAUGCUCUCUAUUUGCAAGGGCAUACACCAAAAACAUGGACUGAAGGGCAUCGCCAUGGUCCACCGGCUUGGGACCGUUCCUAUCGGCGAAGAAAGUAUCCUGAUUGCCGUGUCUUCACCACACCGGCAGGCUGCAUGGAAAGCUGGCGAGGAAGCUCUUGAGGAGUGCAAGUCUCGUGUUGAAGUUUGGAAACGUGAGGAGUUCGAGGGCGAAGAUGGCAUCUGGAGGGCCAAUAGAGACGGCGUCCAAGGUGAAAAGAUUGCGCCUUCAGACCCAACCAUCCCCGCACACCAUGAUUCCUCAGCCUGA